GGGAGGAGGUUGAAGGUCACUAAGUGAGAUAUGUAAUAGAAAUGAAAGCUUGUCCCUUAUGAAACCAGGACGAAUUUACAGUAAUAAAAUAAAUAUACUAGGCUUGCGGAGCAAACGGCUGCGACAACAGACAUGUCAUAUUGCAGAGAAGAAGGUAAAGAUCGUAUUAUCUUUGUAACAAAGGAGGAUCAUGAAGCCCCUAGCAAUGCUGAGCUGAUAGCUGAAGAUCCCGAUGACCCCUAUGAGGAGCACGGUCUGAUCCUGCCCAGCGGGGAUAUCAACUGGAACUGCCCGUGCCUGGGGGGCAUGGCCAGUGGCCCUUGCGGAGAGCAGUUCAAAUCAGCCUUCUCCUGCUUCCACUACAGCAAGGAGGAGCUGAAGGGCUCGGACUGCCUGGACCAGUUCCGCGGGAUGCAGGAGUGCAUGCAGAGGUACCCCGAGCUGUACCCCCAGGAGGACGAGAAGGAGGGCGCAUCCACUGACGGGCCUCCUGAAACUGAGCCUGCCGCCCCCACUCAAGACUCUGCCCCCGUUCCCGCCUCGGCCCCCGAUUCCCCCUCUUCCUCUAAAGACACGCCCCCCACAGACAGACCAGCCAAUAGCUAACACCAAAAUCCACUUGCAUUCUUUAGCCAAGCCCUGAGCAGUCAAAGAAGUAAGAAGCCCUGAUGAAUUUGAAUACAUGUAUAUGUCCGUAUGUAUGAGCUUCCCUGUCCAUUUGAAUUGUUUUUGUAACUGACAUUUUUCAUUAAAAAACCGCAAAAGUCGAGACAAAGGCUUUCAUUUUCAGCCAACUUGUAUCUUACAUCAGGCGAUUUCAAGCCUUAAGAGGAGAUGAGAAUCAUGAUUUUUUUUUUGG